AUGGCAGGUAGCGGCGGCGUGGGCGGCGGGGUCGGAGGCGGCCAGGGCGCGGGGGCCGGGCAGGGGGCCGCUCUGAGGGUGCCGCGUGCGCCGCCGCUGGUCGCCGCGCUGGUGCUCGGCGCCUACUGUCUCUGCAGCCUCCCGGGCCGCUGCCCGCCGGCCACCCGCGCCUCCGUGCCGGCCCCCGCGCGCGCUGAGCAGCUCCGCGCCGUCGGCAGCCCCGGGGCGCCAGGCCUGCCGGUGGCCAGCGGCCUCGGACGCCGGCGCUUCCCGCAGGCGCUCAUCGUGGGCGUGAAGAAGGGCGGCACGCGCGCCCUGCUGGAGUUCCUGCGGCUGCACCCCGACGUCCGCGCGCUCGGCUCUGAGCCCCACUUCUUCGACAGGUGCUACGAGCGCGGCCUCGCCUGGUACCGGAGCCUGAUGCCGCGCACGCUGGAGGGGCAGAUCACCAUGGAGAAAACCCCCAGCUACUUCGUGACGCGGGAGGCUCCCGGCCGCAUCCACGGCAUGUCUCCGGACACGAAGCUGAUCGUGGUGGUGCGGAACCCCGUGACUCGGGCCAUCUCCGACUAUGCCCAGACCCUCUCCAAGACCCCGGGCCUGCCCAGCUUCCGGGCCCUGGCCUUCCGCCACGGCCUGGGCCCGGUGGACACGGCCUGGAGUGCCGUACGCAUCGGCCUGUACGCGCAGCACCUGGACAACUGGCUGCGUUUCUUCCCACUGUCCCGCUUCCUGUUCGUCAGCGGCGAGCGCCUGGUCAGCGACCCGGCCGGAGAGCUAGGCCGGGUGCAGGACUUCCUGGGCCUCAGACGGGUGGUCACGGACAAGCACUUUUACUUCAACGCCACCAAGGGCUUCCCCUGCCUCAAGAAGGCGCAGGGGAGCGGCCGCCCGCGCUGCCUGGGCAAAUCCAAGGGCCGGCCCCACCCCCGGGUGCCGUCGGCGGUGGUCCAGCGGCUGCGGGACUUCUACCGGCCCUUCAACCGCAAGUUCUACCAGAUGACUGGCCAGGACUUUGGCUGGGACUGAGCAGGACAGGCCAGCCCGCGUCCUGCCGGGGGACACUCAGGAACCGCAAUUCAUGCCCGUCUCCCGGCCAGAGCCGCCCGUGUUCAGAUGAUGGGUAGAGAAAACUAUUUAGGAAAUACAGUUUGGAUCUGUGUUCUUCCACACAAGCCUCGAAGGCUGCAAGGUGGGGGUUGGAGGG